AUGAGAGUCAGGGAAAUCCAAGUCGCAGACAAUUCCCUUGUAAUCAACGAACUCGAUGACGUGUACGACUCUGUCACGGGCCGGGCACUCACCGGGUCAUGGGUAUGGGGCUCCGCACUCGUCUUGUCCGAGUGGAUGGCCACUCAGGGCCGAUUCCUUUUCCACUUUCAGGACAAGACCGUCCUCGAGCUCGGCGCCGGCGCGGGUCUCCCCGGCUUGACGACGGCUCUGCUCGGCGCGAGCCGAGUCGUGCUCACCGACAUUGCGCCGCUCCUCCCUGCGCUGGUGAAGAACGUGGAAGCUAACGGACUCCAGGACCGAGUCGAAGUGAGAGAACUGGUCUGGGGAUCGGACGAGUUUCCGAGUCGACCCGGAGAGUUGGGCGAAUUCGACUUGGUUUUGAUGUCCGACGUGUUCUACGACGCCGAGGAGAUGGCAGCGCUGGCGAAGACGCUGAAAAGAGUGUGUGGGAAAGAGACCGUUGUUUGGGCGGCGUACGAGGUUCGUCCAUGGACUGCUGAGUGCCUCAGCGUGUUGACGAGUCACGGUUUUAGAAUCGUUGAGUUGCCGAAUCGACUUGGUCGAUAAGAAAGUUUGGAUUUGUUUUGCCGCUUUCCAUCUGAUUCCACAGAAUGAGGGUACGGAAGUGGCAGGCAUGGGUCCCGCCUUAUUCUUGUAGUUUUCACCUUUUGUCCUUUUUCAGUAAAAUACAUAA